AUGGAGAACCCAAACCUCAAUGAAAUUCAUGACUUCCUAGUCUCGUUGGCCUUCAAGGCCGGGGACAUUAUUAACAAUGCGCUCCCAGGAACCAGCGACACAGGAUCCAAAAUGAAUAGCGCCGACCUCGUCACAGAAUACGACCGUGCCGUCGAAAACAUGAUCUCGACCUCUCUAAGGGAGAAAUACCCCCAUUACGAGCAUGAAACAUACGAUCCAGCCAGCCCAUUGACCGACGCCCCUACCUUCGUCGUGGACCCCAUCGAUGGAACAACAAACUUCGUGCACGGCUUUCCAUUUGCCUGUGUUUCGCUAGGGUUCGCCGUUGGACGUAUACCGACGGUGGGGGUUGUGUAUAACCCCUCGACCAAAAACCUUUAUUCUGCUAUUCGAGGACAAGGCGCUUUCCUCAAUCGUGAAACUCGCUUGCCGCUUAAGGGCGACAAUGUCGAGCCCCUGUCGGGACUGGCUAAUGCUCUCAUUGCCAUCGAAUGGGGUUCGGAUCGCAGCGGGAACAAUUGGGAGACUAAGAUCCGGACAUAUGAGAAACUGGGCCAGUCAAAGGAAAACGGUGGGGCUAUGGCACGCUCCAUGCGGAGCUUAGGCUCUGCCGCAUUGAAUUUAUGUGCCGUGGCUGAUGGCACGCUGGAUCUGUAUUGGGAGGGUGGAUGUUGGUCUUGGGAUGUCUGUGCCGGAUGGGUUAUCCUCUCUGAAGCCGGGGGCAUUAUGGUGGAUGGUAACCGAGGAGUUUGGGAAGCUCGUCUUGACGGACGAAAGUAUCUUGCUGUCCGAGCUUCUCCGAGCGGAACUGGACAAAAGGAGAUGGUGGAGGAGUUUUGGAGCUACGUUCAAGGUGAAUUGAAGUAUUGA